AAGUGAAGUAUAAAAGGGACGAUGAUGAACAGCUUAUACAUAUAGACUUUCUCAGCUGCAAGAUUGUUUGAAGAAGAUGAAGACUCUUUCAAAGAUUUUUUCUACAUUCCUUUUCAUUUUAUCUCUAAUAUGCUUGAUUCAAACUCAAGAACUCGUUCCAGUACCUGAAUUAUUUCUGGAAAAGUAUGUUGGACGAUGGUUUACGGCCUACACAAGCCAAUUCGUCAUGGACACAACGCAAAGAGACGGUUUUUGUUCAACCGCAGAUUACGGUUUUAGAUUAGAUGGCAAUGUUAGUGUCUUUAAUGCUCAACGUAUCAGAGCUCCUGAUGGACCUGCCAGAAAUAUUUCAGGCAAGGCUAUUCCAAGCGAAAGAGUAGGAGUUUUCACUGUACGAUUAAAUGGCGUUCCAACACCACCAGCCCCAAAUUAUUACGUCAUAAAACUUGGACCGCAAACUUUUGGUCCAAAUAAAUUCUAUGAAUACGCAAUAAUAAGUGAACCAACAAGGCUAAAUUUGUUCGUCCUGGCGAGAAAUAUUUCUGAUUUCAAGACAAGAUUUGACGCGGAAGUAACAGAUUUCUUACAGGCUGAGGGAUUUAAUCCCCCAGGAAAUCCUUACGUAGAACAGUUCCAAGGAUCCAGAUGUAUCUAUCCGAAGAGCAGAGAUAUCGUGCCAGUAAACGAGCUAGAAGUUGACAGAUAUUAUGGAAGAUGGUACCAGAUUUAUGGAAGCAAAUUUGUUUUGGAUGGAGUACAAAGAAAUGGGUUCUGCUCCGUAGCAAUUUAUGGACCAUUGCCUGAUGGAAAUAUUAGUGUAUAUAAUUACCAAAGACAAAAUUCACCAUCUGGUCCACCGUAUGGCCUUGGAGGUAUAGCUUAUCCGUCAAAUAGACCAGGAGUUUUAAGUGUGCAGUUAGCUGGUGUACCAAGAAUUGCUCCUUAUUGGGUAAUUAAAUUGGGUCCUAAAACUUUUGGAUUCGAUGGCUACUACGAAUACGCUCUUGUCAGUGAACCAACAAAACUAAACCUAUUCGUUUUGGCUAGAAAUGUUGAUGACUUCAACCAGAGAUUUGAUCAAGAAGUUAGAGACUUUUUGGAUGAGGAAGGAUUUAAUAGUGAAGAUAAUCCUUAUAGAAGAGUUGUCCAUGGUGGAAAUUGCGUUUAUCCAGCAUACAAAUAAAAUAUUGGGUUUAAGGACAAAAGAAAGAAAGUAUAGCAAAAUUAGGUUUAAUCUUUAGAAAAAUAGAUAGUCAUUUCAGAUUUUUCACUACUUUAUACAUCGUUUAGCUCUGAUUUAAGUGAAAAUUUAUUAAAAUUUAUAUUCAUUAUGUAAACCGAAACUAAAUUACAAUACAUAAAAGUAUAGCAGACGAA